AUGACGAAUGUGGAUUCCACCCAUGCGACAAAGUUUAAAGACGGCAAGGACAGUAAAGGCCGCCUGUACAAUGGCAAUCGUAUGUAUCAUAAUACGAUGUACGGCUUGUUCUUAUUCAUUGUCAUGAGCUGCGCAAUAGGCCUGAUCUGUAUCGCGUCGCUUGUCCAGUAUGGAGAUCUGCAGUUGCCACGUAUUACAGUGCACAACAAUAGCGCAACCGAUGGCAAUGGCAUACGCGGAAUACAAGUGAAAAAGAUCAUGCGGCAUCUACCAGAGGCCAAGGACGAAUGGGCAAGCAGCUUUGAGUGUGUAGGCUGGAAAGCUCAACAAGCUUGUUCUCCUAAUGGAGGACCUGAUCCGAGCAAUGAUAGAGCGUGCAAUGUCACGGUGCGUCACGGAGAAAGUGGGUUUUGUGAAGUUCGACAUAAAACGACGGGUGAAGUGCGUCACGUGAUGAAGAUGCACUGUGAUUCGCUUUGUGUAAAAGUUAAGUUCAAAUGCGAAGAAUUUGCGAGUUUAAUGGACUACGCACGUCUAUCUACCGAGUAUGUGCACGACUCGAAUUUUUCGUUUAUUGGUUGCCAACAGCAGCUGGUCGAGGAUCAAUUACGUGCUGCUGUAGCAAUGACAGAGCAAUCGGAACAAGCACAGGUGGAAAUGAUGAAAAAGGAUCUUCAGCAGCUGAAAAAAGAACUGCGGGUUGUUCCAACUCCGCCUUUUUCGUACACACGGGGAAUUACGAUUGCAGUUUAUAAGAAGUUGCUGCAAAGUGUGUACGCAUCGGUAAGAUCGCUGCGAGACAUGGGCUGCACUCUGCCAAUCGAGUUGUGGUAUAAGCGCUCGGAGGUGGAUGUGGCGCACCCGCUGCUUCGUGAAUUGACUGAGCGAUAUGGAACGUACAUGCGGGAAAUGAAAGAUCCACGAGCUGUCGGGUUUUAUACAAAGCUGUAUGCUAUUUACUAUAGCGCAUUCGAUCAAGUGCUAUUAUUGGAUGCCGAUAAUUUUGCAGUGCGUGACCCGACGUUUCUUUUCGACACGCCGCAGUUUCAAAAUAAGGGUGCUAUCUUUUGGCCCGACUUUUGGAAACCAAGUUAUUCGACUUUUAACAUUCAAAAGACUAGCUACGUCUGGGAAUUUUUCGGACUGGACUAUGUGGACAUGUUUGAACAGGAAAGCGGCCAAGUACUGAUCAAUCGAAGAAUGCAUUACAAGGCAUUGAACGUGCUCAUGUACUACGGUUAUUCUCUUCCUCGAACUUACCUGAAGAUGCGGCUCGUGUGGGGCGACAAGGAUUUGUUUCGAUUUGCAUGGCUCAAGUCCAAGAGCUCGUUUUACAUGAUACCGGGGCCGCCUGGCUCCGCUGGAACAAAACAUGCGGACUACGAUCUGUUUUGCGGUGUUACCAUGGUACAACACGACUUAAGUGGGCGUGUGCUCUUUUUGCAUCGUAACGCACAGAAGCUUACACUUGACAACAACCGGAUCUUGUGGACCCAUAUUCAGCAGUUCAAUCCCACAUCAUCGCUCUUAGAUUACAAAGUGCGUGGUUCUGACGGCGGCAAGGCUUUUCCACAAUUUCGACGAUGCUAUGGUAAAGCGGUAAACUACGAAAAGCUCUUUACGCUAAAGCCGAUGAGCGCAAACAAAAUGGCAAGCCGACCGGAACAAAUUAGCAGCAGUGACUGA